UCUCUCUCUCUCUCUCUCUCUCUCUCUCUCUCUCUCCCAUAAAUGCAGUGACACUUGCAUUCUGUGUGUGCAUGCGUGUUUGUCGGAUAGAGAGAGAGUCGAAAUAGAAAGUGAAGGAGUGGGGGGGAGAGAGGGAGAGAAAGAAAAGGAGGUGGAGUGUGUGAGUUUAAGCUAACUACUCACAGAAAAGAAUAAGAAAAUUGAAGUAGCCGCCAUAUGCUGUGGAUUUUUGUGAAUGCCUUGCUGAGAAGACACGCUUGUUUUUUUCGGCGGAUCCUAAAAUGGGAAGCUCUCAUUUGCUGAACAAAGGCUUGCCUUUAGGCAUCAGGCCUCCCAUAAUGAAUGGGCCCAUGCACCCUCGUCCUCUGGUGGCACUGCUGGAUGGGAGGGACUGCACAGUUGAAAUGCCCAUCCUGAAGGAUGUGGCCACAGUGGCCUUCUGUGAUGCCCAGUCCACUCAGGAGAUUCAUGAGAAGGUAUUAAAUGAAGCAGUGGGUGCUCUCAUGUACCACACCAUCACCCUGAUGAGGGAAGACUUGGAAAAGUUCAAAGCACUUCGUAUAAUUGUCCGCAUUGGGAGUGGUUUCGAUAAUAUCGACAUAAAGUCUGCUGGCGACUUAGGCAUAGCCGUUUGUAACAUGCCAGCAGCUUCAGUUGAGGAGACUGCAGACUCCACCAUGUGCCACAUCCUCAACCUGUACCGACGCACCACCUGGCUGCACCAGGCUCUCCGGGAGGGCACACGGGUCCAGAGUGUAGAGCAAAUCCGUGAAGUCGCAUCUGGGGCGGCCCGAAUCAGAGGAGAGACACUAGGGAUCAUUGGUCUAGGGCGUGUUGGACAGGCGGUGGCUCUUAGGGCCAAAGCAUUUGGCUUUAACGUGAUCUUCUACGAUCCAUACCUGUCUGACGGGAUGGAGAGAGCCCUGGGGCUGCAGAGAGUCAACACAUUACAGGACCUGCUCUUCCACAGCGACUGCGUCACCCUGCACUGCAGUCUGAAUGAGCACAACCACCAUCUCAUCAACGACUUCACCAUCAAACAGAUGCGUCAAGGUGCAUUCCUAGUGAACACUGCACGUGGAGGUCUGGUGGAUGAGAAAGCUCUGGCCCAGGCUCUAAAAGAGGGAAGAAUACGGGGAGCAGCCCUGGACGUCCAUGAGACAGAGCCCUUCAGUUUUAGCCAGGGUCCUCUUAAAGAUGCUCCCAACCUGAUCUGCACCCCCCACGCUGCCUGGUACAGCGAGCAGGCCUCCAUUGAAAUGAGGGAGGAGGCGGCGCGGGAGAUCCGUCGAGCUAUUACCGGUCGCAUUCCAGACAGUCUAAAGAACUGCGUGAACAAAGAGUUCCUCACACAGACCACGCACUGGGCUGGCAUGGACCCUGCCGUUGUUCAUCCAGAACUCAAUGGAGCCUAUAGGUACCCCCCAGGUGUAGUAAGCCUUGCCUCAGGGGGCCUCCCUCCGCCCGUGGAGGGCAUCAUGCCAAGUACCGUGCCCAUAACCCACAGCUUGCCCUCUGUGGCCCACCCUCCACAUGCCCCCUCGCCUGGUCAAACCGGCAAACCUGAACCUGAUAGAGAGCAGCACCCCAACGAACAGUUGUAGCCCUGUACUUCAAAGUUUCUUUACCACUAUAGAACUCUCCUGGUCCUUCUUUACCCCAAAGAAGAUGAGCGGAAACAGGCUCCCAGGCUCAGAACCAGCCACUAAAAACACAACCACGAUUCUGAAGUAGCCAACUCUUUGACUGAAGGUGGUGAACUGUGCUCUUUGAAGUAUCCAGUUUAAGAAAAAAUAAAAAAUCUUGUGAUUUUAACACAAAGUAAACUUCUCCCUAAGGCAAAUCCUGCUGUUUUAGAUUGUAGUUUGUCCAAGUGCAGUGGGCAAUCUUUUAUCUGUUAUUUUGUCUGUCUAAUGGGUUUCAUUGUUAAAACAACAGUAGCUAUUACAUGAAUGUAACCUGUUUGUGUACAGUUUUUGGAACAUGAUCAAUGGUUUGUAGAAAAAAAAAAACAAAUAAAAACCCCGCAUUGAAGUGAUAAUUCACCCAAAAUGAAAAUUCUGCCAUUAUAUACUCACACUUGUGUUGAUCCAAACCUGUAUGACUUCCUUUCUUCCAUGCAACACAAAAGUAUGACAAAGAGCAGCGUACCCAUUUUCCCAAAUUUUUCCCUAUGUUCCAUAUGGGGGGAAAGUCAUACGGGUCACACAGGGUCGUAUGGGUUUGGAUGGCAUCAGGAUGAGGAGUUUUCAUUUUUGGGUGAACUAACCCUUUAAGGGAGGCAUCAUACCACCUAAUAAUAGAUACAACAUAAAGUGUAUUAGUUUCACUUGUUUGAUUUUAAAAGUCCCAAAAGAGGUGGGAUUUGCACACCCUCUCAGGAAAAUGUAUUUUCCCCCACCCUUCAUUUUAAAUUAAGUCACAUAGUGCAUUGUUUUUUUUUUUGUUUUUUUUUUACCCAUUUGUCAAACUCAGUACAGUACUUUGAACAACUACACUCAGUAUGGUUUUUAUUUUUGGAGCAUGUAUUACCUUAUGUGAUAAAGGUUAAAAACUAAAACAGAAACAUUUUCAGUUUUUGGACAAAAAGUAAAAAAAAAAAAAAAAAGUCUUGUGCAAAGCUGGUGUAAUCCUUGCCUGUUUGUGUGUGACUUGAUUGUACCGUGUUUUUUUUUUUUUUUCAUUUUUUUUUUUUUUAUUU